CCCUGCUUCAGUCAUCUGCCUGUUAAGACUCUUUCUGAGAUCCCGUGGUGAUGCACAUUGUCAUAGGCCAGAAAAAAGACUUUCGUCGCCGAGUUGCCGUGGUCCUCUGCGCUUGUGCUUGCCAAGACCUCGCUGCCCUGCCCUGUCUGAGGCAGCAGUCAAUUCCACGGCAUCCAAGACUGUCGCGCCAAGACGAUGGGUAACUAGUGGCUGACUGCGUGAUGAUCUGGCCACCGUAAUAAGCGGGAGGAGAGGUUGCUGCUCACCACUCCCUUCCCCUACCACUCCCUUCUCUUGCCUUCACUCCCCUUUCUUGCCCACACUCUCUUCCCAGAGACAACCCACACUCGUUUGAACAUGGCAGCGCAACGUCUGCUCCUUCUUUUCCCCAUUCUCGUCUUCUUCUCUGCACUUCUCGUUGCCUCCCUGCCCUCGCCCAACAAGAGAGAUGCAUUCGUGGACCUUCGAGGCACUGACGGCGAUACGCAUCUGACCUCCAUCGGAACAAGGCCGGGCGGUGCAUUUGCAACCAACUACCGUCUGAGCAAGGGAAACCUAUUUGUGUGGCAGAGCAAGACGCCCCACAACGAAGCAGAUGCAGAGGCCGUCUUUAUCAUCUUGCACGGCGUCGACCGCAACGCCAACACCUACUUUACAACGCUCAACAGCGCCUACCUCGAUGCCAGGGACAAGGGCUAUCGGUACGCGCCCGAGAACACGUUGCGCAUCUCUCCCCUCUUUUUCUCGACCGAGCACGACGCACCGGCACUCAACGCCUCGACGCUCGCGUGGAACGACAACAACGGUUGGGCUGGUGGCGAUGGAUCCACCCAUCCAAGCGGAAGCGGUAUGAGCUCCUUUACCGUCUUUGACGAGCUCGUCACCAAAUUUUCGGAUGCUUCGAAAUACCCCAAGGUCAAGUCCAUCACGCUCGCUGCGCACGGAGGUGGGGCCCAGGUGAUCCAGCGCUACGCCGUUCUCGGUCGCAGCGCUCGGUCUGGUGUCUCGCUCCGCUACGUCGUGGGCGAUCCGUCGACAAUGCUCUACUUUACCCGCGACCGUCCCGUCGCCGUUGACACGUCGUCGUGCCCUCGCUUCAACGACUUCCGCUACGGAUUCAGCAACUACUACGAGCCCUACGGCCUUGCCGACUCGCAGGCGGGCCUGUUCAAGCGGUACGCAGGCCGCGAUAUGCGCUACAUCAUCGGCCUCGACGACGAAUCGACGACAAACGGCGAUCAGACGUGCGCUGGCCGUGGCGCUGGAGGAGCUGUGCGGAGGGACCGAAGCUUGGCCUACUGGAAGUACAUCCACCUCCUGGCAGGGUAUGCAGCCUCGUCGUAUGACUCCUUCCCAGGGACCUUUCCGGCGCUCGACAGCCGCCAAAAGGCAGAUUCGAGCAUUCCGACGACGUCGAACAAGGCGACGCUCAGCGCCUACAAGAACACAAAGAUCGGACACAAGCUCUAUCAAGUCAGCGGCGCAGGUCACUCGGCGACCGAGGUCUUUGAGAGCACAGAGGGCCUCGCGGCGCUCUUUACCUGA